AUGGAUACCAAACUCAAAUCAUCUGUCACAUUCCUCACUCUUAUUCUUCUUGUUUACUUCUUUAUCUCUUUGGCUCCUAAUGUAUCAGAAGCUAGGCCAUUGUUCAGUCUUUCACAAGGCAGUGAAGGUGCAAUUGGAGAGGUAAAUGGAGUGUUUAGGACUUUGAAGGGAGAUGGUCCAUCACCUGGAGUUGGUCAUAGGUUUAUUGGAGGGAUGAAGGAUUCUGGUCCAAGCUCUGGCGGUGUUGGGCACAGGAUUAUUGGAGGGGUGGAAGAUUCAGGUCCAAGUUCUGGUGGUGUUGGACACAAAUACAUAACCAACAACAAAAACAACCAUUCUUAA